AUGAAAGAAAAACGGACAGCAGUUUCAGCACCGGGAAAAGUACUUCUUGCAGGAGGGUAUCUAAUUCUGGAACCAGAAAACGAAGGGUUUGUUCUUACACUUUCAGCAAGAAUUGUAUGUAUUGUUGAAAACCGGGAAAAAAUCGACGGGAAACCAGAGAUACGUGUCAGGUGUCCUCAAUUCAAGCAACCAGACUAUUUUUUUCAUGUAGUUUUUGACCAGAAUGACCUAGUUUUGGGAAUACAAGAAGUUAGUAACAAGACACGAAAUCCUUACGUAUAUUAUGCACUAAUUUAUUCAAUACUUUAUUUGAAUCCAAUGACGAUGCCAAACCUUUGUAUUACUAUAUUAGCAGAUAAUGAUUAUUAUUCACAGACAGCUCCACGUUCAACGCUUUGCAAGUAUAAUCGGUUCGAUGUUCCAAUAGAAAAUGUUCACAAAACAGGAAUUGGCUCUUCAGCAGCGCUCAUGACAAGUAUGAUUGCUGCUUUAUUAGUCCAUCUCUCUGACGGAAAAUUUGACGUCCAAGUAACGCAAAACAAAUGGAUUAUACACAAUCUUUCACAGAUAGCACACUGUUGUGUCCAAAAUAAAAUAGGAAGUGGGUUUGAUAUUGCAGCAGCAUGUUUUGGGAGCUGCUUAUAUCGAAGAUUUGACCCGGCUAUUAUUGAUAGCAUUGCAGAUUGCACAUCAGUUCACUUCAAAAAACAAUUAGCAAAAGUUGUCGAAAGCUUAUGGGACAUAUCUAUAGAGGAGUUGAAUUUUCCUUCAGGACUUAAAGUUCUAUUAAUUGACAGAGAUAAAGGAACAUCAACAUUAAAUAUGGCCCGGGAUGUUCUUGCAUGGAAAAAUUCAAAUGCAGAAGCUAAUGUUAUAUGGGAAGAAUUAAAAAAAGCAAAUGACAUGUUCUAUAAAACAAUAAGUAAAUUAACUAGUGCCAGCCAAGAAUUUGAAUCAGAUUAUUAUGAUGUGUUAAAAAUCACAGGACAAGCUCCAUGGGACAAAAAUAAUAUACAAUUUGAGAAAGAAAGCACAAAACAUUUUAUUUUCGAACUUUUGGAUGACUUAUAUUUUCAGUUAAAGUUAAUUCGACAGAAAUUAAAAAUAAUAGGUAUUAAAGCAAAUGUCCCGAUAGAACCGUCAUCACAAUCAUCUCUUCUUGACAGAUGUAUUCAAAUCCCAGGUGUUUUAGGUGUAGGAAUACCAGGUGCAGGCGGUUAUGACGCUAUUUUUUGUAUUAUUAUUGAACAAAGUAACGCAAAAAAUGAUAUAUCUAAUAUAAAAAUGGAAGAAGACAACACAAAUUUUUCUAUUCUUUUAUCUAAUGAAGAACAUUCUGGUUUAAAAAUGAAAAAUCCUAAAGAAUUUGAAGUUUUUUUGGAUUAA